AUGGCGUCGAACACAAAAUACUCUCGCGCUUCCCAGCGAGACUCGCUUGAUGAUCCUGCUCAUUAUUCGCAAGCCCCUCCAUCUUACGCCGAACCUUCUUCAUCGGCAGAUAAUGAAGCUCUUCUAGGAGGGGGUCCAAGAAGCAGCGAGGAUAAUAUUCCGGAUGACUUUAAGUUUGGAGGCUCUGUCGCUGAAGCAACUAUUGAAAUUCGGAUGCAGUUUGUCCGAAAGGUUUAUGCGAUUCUCUCUGUGCAGCUCAUCGCCACAGCAGCUCUAAGCUCUGUUUCUUUCUUCAGCCAAUCCUACAAAACGUGGAUUCAGUCAAACACUUGGUUGUUAUGGACUUCAAUGUUCGGCGCAAUUGGUUUUAUGCUUUUGACAUACUGGAAGCGGAAAUCUUAUCCAACCAACCUACUGUUCCUCGGAGGAUUCACAGCGCUCGAAGCAUACACAAUAUCGGUCAUCGUAUCAACAUUCGAUUCCCGCAUUGUUCUUCAAGCUGUAUUGCUCACCGCUGGAAUAUUUGUCGCGCUCACGCUAUUUGCCUGCCAAACCAAAUAUGACUUUACGUCAUGGAUGCCUUAUCUCUUUGGUGGACUGUGGGCAUUGAUUCUCUUCGGAUUCAUGGCUAUGUUCUUCCCAGGCAACAGUACUGUCGAGUUGAUUUAUUCCGGUAUCACCGCCGUUAUAUUUUCCGGCUACAUUCUUGUUGAUACCCAACUGAUUAUGAGACAUUACCAUGUGGAGGAAGAGAUCGCGGCGGCUAUUAGUCUUUAUCUUGACAUCAUCAACCUGUUUUUGGCCAUUCUCCGAAUUCUCAACAGCCAGCAAAAUAACUAG